AUGGACCAAGUAGUAGGUUACCAAGAGUUUAAGCAGAAAAUGAGGAUGUAUUUGGUGAAUUUAGCUAAGGAUAUAAGAGAUGGUAAGAAAACUGAGCAAACUAUUUAUGUUUUAUUAGGACCACCGGGGAUUGGGGGAAGAAGUGAUACGGGCAUAUUAGAAGGAGUUAGCCCUAGCAUCAAGGCUGCUUAUCCGGGAAGACUUUGUUCAGGCAUUGCCAUUAGUAAAGACCGAGGGGCUGUGGUAUUAUUAGAUGAAUUUGAGAAAUUUUUAGGUUAUAGGGUGGAUUUAAGUGAUUGUGUUUUAUUAUGUACAGCUAAUUAUGCUGAUCAGGUGCCUGAUUUUGUGCAGAGUAGGGCGGAGAUGGUUAAUAUUGAGUUGGCUAGUUAUGGGCAGAGGGUUGAGUAUGUGAUGAAGGCUUUGAGGAAGAAGUUAAGGGGUGAUGAGGAUACUAAGCAUUAUGCUGAGCAGUUGGAUGAGGGGUUUUGGUAUAGGCAGACUAAUGCUAAUAUGGAAACUACCUUUAAGACCCUUCGAGGCUAUGGCUCUGAAGAGAUUAAUCAAGCUAUUAAUGAUUUUACUGAUUAUAUGAGGGUGAGGAAUGAGAAUGAGUUGGGGGAUAGUGUGGUUAGUUUGGCUGGAUUAGAGUGGCCUGAGUUUGGUUUUAGUAAACCUAAAAAAAUCUCGGUGAUACUUUUUAAUGACUUAAAUGAAACUGAGUUUGCUGAGUAUGAUUGUCGAAUAAUUAAGAAUGAAAAUAAUGAAAUUGAGAUAGUUACGAGGAAUUAUUUUGGCUCAAUCGUAGCCCUAGAACAACAAGAACAAGCAAUAUUAAGGAAAAUCAGAAAAAAGAUAGGGGAAGAGUAUCGACAUCCUAGUAUUGAAUUAGAAACUGAACAAAUAGAACCUUAUCGAAGAGGUUUAGAAAAUGGAUUUAAGUUGAGUAGGGAAGAGUUAGAAGAAUGGAAGGGAAUAAUUGUUAAGAAAGGAAAGUUAAGUGGGGCUGAAGCUGUUUCUUAUGAUUUAGGAAGACCUGAUUUAGGGAUAUUGUGGAGGAAGCAGUUAUAUUUUGUUAGUAGUUUUGA